AUGGGGUUCCACGAUCUCCUCAAAACGAUCGCGUUGUUCAUCCUCGUCGCGGGGAUGAACAUGAUCGUGGAGUGUCCGUUGCUGGAGACCCCUCCGGAGGAAUGGACCUUCGUUGACUUCGAGGCGAUUGGCCUCUGGCUUUUCAACUGGGUCAUGUUCAUCGCCGUGGCGAUAUACUGCCUCAGCGGCCUAUGCUCCGGCAUAUACAGGCUGCUGCUUCCGUUAAUCAAGGCAGUUGGCGUCGUGGCUCGCACCGUGACAACUCUCGCGAGCGAAUGCUCGAAGAACGGUGCAAAGGGUGCAGUUUUUCUGGCCCUGAACAUGGCCCGCGUAGCUCUGCUACGUCCAUGGGCCAGUCGCUUCAUCACGAACUUGGUCCUUGGUGACGAGAUUGCAAUCGUCACCACCCUUGUCCUACCAGUUGCGCUGUACGUCGCAAAGGUCAAACUUGGUGGCCCGUUGUUCGCUUAUAUCUCCGGCUUCAUUGCUGGAAUCGUCACCCCGGUUGAUGUGGAUUUGGAGGGUUGCUCUUAUAGCGCCUCGUCCACCAACCAAUAUAAGCAGAACCGAAACCUUGUGACCUAUUGCAAAGGGUCAGACGAUGGCUUCGACGCGCUAACUUGGUGGAAGGAGCUCCAGGAAGAUGCGACCUCAACCUGGGACUUUUAUCUGCCCAUUUUUAUCUACUCGGUGGCCGCCAUGUUCUGCGUGUUUAUACUCGCAGUCCUCCUUACGAACCGAGAGACACGGGGCCAGAAAAGUACCCAGACCGAUUCCACUGGGGACCUGAAGGAAGACAGCACCGGCUUGUCAGAAAAGGUCACCCAGCAGCUUGCGCGAAUCCAGGAACUCGAGGGUUGCAGGGCCCUCUCUGAGUCUACUGUUGAAGGUCUCAAGGGACAGAUUCAGCUGGCGGACCGCAAGGUCCAACAACAGAUGAUCGAACUUGAAGGCCUGAAGUUGGCAAAGAGGGAACUGCAGGCGAAAUGCCAAACCCUCACCGAGAGGCUGUGCUUGGGGUCUCACGACUCUGAUCUUGACCAGAUGCACCAGCAACUAGGGCAAGAGAAAGGGUUGAGACUCCUUCUUACGUACGGCUACGUCGCGCUUCGACAACUUGCUGGCACCUUUGCCGAGUCGGGCCUUGGUGAGCACCUGCUCAAGUUCAUUCGUGGAAUUGAGCACCAGUGCGAAUCCUUGGCUACCGCAGGUGCCGAAUCGUUGGAAGAGGUGCAAAAGACACUCGGUAGCAGGUUACUGGCCCUGCUCAAAGAAGCGGCCGAGCAUGCGUCAGAGAUUCGUCUGACCAGAGGCAACAACACCGGGCGUUUUGCCAAUGAGAAUGCUGUGCUUUUGAAGCGCAAGCUUCGAAAGUGCAAACGCCAUAUGCGCUCUGUGAAGGCGAGUCUUGCGGCUCAAAUGGCCCAAGCAGGGAUGGUUCAAGGGACCAACUGGCUGAUCAGCCAAGAACGCAUGAACGAGGAGCUUGACGGCUACAAGCGAGACAUCCUCAAUAUGCGUCGGGAGCUCAACGAAAGAGAGCAGAAGUUCAUGUUCUAUGAACAACAGCUUGCAGAGUCCCGGGCCCUGACCGAGUCAAUUAACCAGGGCUUCGAAAAGGCGAUCGCCGAAAAGGAGGCUGUGCUUCAAAAGCUCCGCGAGGAGCAGGCGAAUUCCCUCCAGAGAGCGGAGGCUCUACAGGAGGAGAUAGCACAGAAGUCCAAAUUGCUGGAAAGCCAGAGCCAAGAACUCACUCGCCUUUCAGAGAGUGAGGUGGCCGCCAAAGGUCGAUCCUUGGAGUUCGAUAUCAAGUUAGGCACGGCCAACCAGCAAUUCAGCGACGAGGGUCAACGACGAGGACAAUUCCAGGAUCAACUGGACGCCGUCACUCGACAACUGUCCGCAAAGGACAGGGAGUUGACCCAAGUCCGGGCUAUCUCCAGUCUCUGCAUCAAGUGCAAGGGAAUCGAGGCGGAGAUGCGGGAGCUUGUCAAGAAACACGCCGCGGAACGAAAGGAAGCUGGUAGUGCGCGGGCUAAUGCCGUUGCAGACCUCCAUGUCCAAAUCAUCCAGCAGGAGGACACAAUCAGCGACCUUCGCGGCAAGCUCCAGCAUGCCGAACAAGAGCUCGGUUCUUCGAUCGACAUCGUCGCAACCCAAAGAAUCGAAGAACUCGAGCUCCAAGUCGAGAAUUUCAAGGUCCAAGAGCAGCAGCAAUCUGGUACGGAGAUGGCGCUGCGCAAGGAAAUCCAGGACCUCAAAGAUCGACUUGAAAAAGUCGGCAGGGAACAAAGCAGCAGGAGGGCUGUUGGCUCGGUCUUCGCGGACCCAAAUAAGGCACGAGCCAACAAACUGCAAAAGGACGUCCUGAACCUCCGGCAAGAGGCCAAGGUGAUGGACAUCAUGAGAGACCGGCUCGCAGAGGAGAUCAGAGUCCUCAAGUCGAAAUACGAGCCCGACAACCUCAACUGUGAACCGGAGACCCCGCUGACGGUCACCGAGUUACAGCAAGUCCUCCAAGCGGAGAAGGAGUCCCAGGACCAACUCGACGCAUGA